CAAAACAUAUUUAUAACUUUCCAAUCAAGAUUAAAUAUCAUAUUAAUAAUAAUGUACUCCACAUUUCACUAAUAGGAAAAAGAAAAUGUAACAAAAAAUCAGUAAUUGGAGGACUGAAUCAAGAAACUAUACAAAGUUGGGGGACUUAUAAUGAGGUUUGCCCAGAAGAAAGACACAACAACACAUGGCAACAGAAGCAGAACACCAAGUGCUUGAACCUUCUAGCUCCUCCUUGAACCAUUUAGACAUUCAUCAUCUUUCUAGCUCCUUCUAGAUAUAAUCCCAAGAGGAAAACCCUUCUCUAUAUAAGAAGACCAAUCAGCGUCAACCCUUCAUCGAGAACCAAGAAACACCAUGCACACAGCAAGCAAGAUGAAGGCCAUUGACGACAAGAAGGACACAGUGGUGAUAAAGACAGUGAGCCGAGAUGCAGAAGGAAAGAAAAAGGUGGAGAAAGCCGAGCUGAAGACACACAACAUAGACACCAUCAAGUACGUGGAGAAGAAACUGAUGGACAAAGGGGUGAUGCGCAUGGAAAGGCACCCUGUAGAUGGGAAAGGUGGGAUAGGCAGGCCACCACCCAAGUCAGGCCACGGAGGGAAAUUCACAUGGGAAGGACCGUAUGAUGAGGCGGAGAUCGAGCUGGAAGCUGCAGCACCGCCUGCUAUCGAUGAGAAGGAUCCCAACUAUGUAGAUGAGGUGGUGGAAGAGAAGAUUGUGAAGGGUGAAGAGAAGGAUGUGGCUGGUGUGGUUGUUGGAGAAAUUGAGGUGGCUAAGGCUGUUGAAGGAAGGCAUGGUGUCGCUAGGGUUGAGGUUGACCCUCGUCUGGUAAUUGAUAAUUAAGGAUGUACUGUUUUGUUAAUUUUGAGAAAUGUAAGGAUGUUGUUAAAAGAUAAAUAACUAAUUAUGUGAACUAUUAAUUAA